CAAAUAAAUAAAACAGAGAAGAAAAGCUCUGACUUCUGAUUCGGGUUCUUGGAGUAAUACUAAAACCCCCGAACUCCCCAAUCUGAGCAAAACCCUCUGAUCUUCCGUCCACCGUAUGGUCUGGUGAUACCGUCCAUGGCUAUUUCAGAGAUUGAGGUGGCAUCGUCAUCUGAAGCUACGACGCACCAUGACAACAACCAGGCCGCCAAUGUCAUUGAUGUUUUCUCCGCCGCUGCCUAUGGCGAUCUCGAUAAAUUGAGGAAGUUUUUCGAAGUCGAUGGAGUUUCCCUCUCUAGUCCUGACGGAAAUGGCUACUACGCUCUUCAAUGGGCCGCUCUCAACAACUUCUCCGAUAUCGCUCAGUACAUAAUCGAGCAUGGUGGUGAUGUCAAUGCAUCAGACAACAUACAGCAGACAGCGUUGCAUUGGGCAGCAGUUAGGGGUUCCAUUGUGGUGGCGGAUGUGCUUUUGCACAAUGGAGCACAGGUGGAGGCUGCUGAUGUAAAUGGAUAUCGGGCAGUUCAUGUUGCCGCUCAAUAUGGACAAACAGCUUUCUUAAACCACAUUGUUGCAAGAUAUCAUGCUGAUUAUGAUGCUCCAGAUAAUGGAGGGAGGAGCCCUCUUCAUUGGGCUGCAUAUAAGGGGUAUGCUGAUACAAUUAGAUUACUUCUGUUUAGAGAUGCAAGCCAAGGAAGACAAGAUAAAGAAGGUUGUACUCCCUUGCAUUGGGCUGCAUUAAGAGGAAAUGUUGAGGCAUGCACUGUGCUUGUACAUGCUGGUAAAAAGCAGGAGCUAAUGGUGAAAGAUAAAGCGGGAUUUACUCCUUUUCAGCUUGCUUCUGAUAAAGGUCAUCGGCCUGUCGCCCUUUUCCUUUCCAAUGCACAACGAGCACAGAGUAAUCGUUGGGGAGACAAAUUUUGCGGUGGGAAGAUGGGGGACAUUAGCUAUGCUCCCAUUUUGCUGUCAGUUAUACUCUUACUCAUUUUCCUCUUCAUUAAUUCUGUUCUUGCAGCCCCCAAUCUUCCUAAGGUAACUGCUGCCGUUGGACUUUGGGGUUGGACUGCUCUUUCACUUGCUUUUGUUUCAUUGAUAAUGCUCUACAAAUGUAGCAGUAAAGACCCAGGUUAUAUUAAGACAAGUGGAGAUUUGGGAGGUGAUGGAGAUACAGAGGAUCCCUUGUUGAAUGUUGAUUUGAACAAUUCCACUGUAUGGAUGGGAAAUUGGUCUCAACUUUGCCCUACGUGCAAGAUAAUCAGACCUGUUCGCUCAAAGCACUGCCAUGCAUGUAACCGCUGCGUUGAACAGUUUGACCACCACUGCCCAUGGAUAUCCAACUGUGUGGGGAAGAGGAACAAAAAGGACUUCUUUAUUUUCAUUACUGUGGCAACUUUGACAUCAUUCCUUGCUGCGGUCGUUGCAGUUCAAAGAAUAUGGACAGGCAUACCAGAAGUUCCUAUUCAAGAAACAUGGAUUCAUCAUGUCGCAGUUCGGCAUCCUGGUGUUGUUGUAUUUUUGGUUUUGGAUAUUGUCAUUUUUGUUGCUGCUACAACGUUGACAAUAUCACAGGCAUCACAGAUAGCUCGGAACAUCACCACCAAUGAAUUGGCAAACGCCAUUCGUUACAAUUAUCUCCGAAGUCCAAAUGGACGUUUUCGUAAUCCGUACAACCAUGGGUGCCGGAAAAAUUGUACAGAUUUCCUCAUUCAUGGCUAUACAAACGAUGAUGAAAUUGCUUGGCCUCCACGACAGCUAGUUGCCCGUUAGAAUGAAUGUUCCUUGUAUUUAUCUCGCUAGUGGGUGAGGCAAAGUGAAUGUUCCUUGUACCAGAUUCCCUUGAAGCUGUUAUUGUAUGAACACUGACGAAUUAUAAGCAAAGUUUUAAUUUUGUUGAUAUGUUAUACACAUACAAUUCGAAACCAUGAAAUGGAAAAGAAAGGAAAAAAGGAUAUUGAUUCA